AUGUCCCCGACAGGAGACUGGAGGAAAAGCAAGAUCAUCGGCUCCAUGCUGUGUAGCUCAUCCGAUAUUACAACACGAUGUAUUAUGGGAAACAUUGCCUUUCAGUCUUUCUCGAAGAUUUGGAUCCGCAGGUCACGAAUUCCUCUGAAAAAGAAAUUACGUCUAUACGCUGCCUGCGUGCUAAUAAUGAUGUACAAUUCCAACAGCUGGGCAGCUCCAAAGGUAGCCAUGGAUAAACUUGAUGCCUACCACCGGAAACACAUCCGUGCUGUCACAUGUCACCGAUGGCCACACAGCUUCAUUUCAAAUGAUACUUUAUACAGCAUGUGCAACGCUACUCCCCUGUCAACUAAAGUGGCCCAAUUGAGGUGGUCCAUGUUUGGACAUGUGCUACGAAUGCCAGAGAACACACCUGCACAAAGAGCUCUAGAAUUUGCUGUAGUUGCAUCCAACAAGUACCAAGCUCGCAAAGGGCGUCACUAUACAAACUUACUCAGUACGCUGCGAGCAGACCUCAAGGAGGCAAAGAUGGGAACUCUCAGAACGUGCUAG